UUAUUUUUACUACAUUUUCACACAAUAUAAUGGAGAAUUUAUUUUUUUCAUAUUUUAAUCAUGUUUUCUUUCACUUCUCAUACUUUUUCCCAACUUUAUCUUGAAAGACGGGAGUUCAGGGAGGGUUUUUCUCGCGGAGGCAGAGGAGAGCAGCUUGACUGGCUGCUCUACAGGAAUCCGGAUAUGAUGAAAAUGUUCGAGCCUCAGCUUUCCUCAGAAAACUACCGCCACUGAGCGUCGGAGGCGUCGUCACGACUAUUAUUGAUAUAUUUUGUUAAUGCGUCAACAGCGUCCGGACCAAAGUCAGACCGGGACAAAACUUGACAACAACAAAAAAAGUCACAGGAGAACUUUUUAGUGGGACUUGAAGUUACUCUCUCUGUGUGUUUUGUUGUUUUCUCCCCCAGCGACUCGGGAGAAAAGAGUUUGAAGGAAGGAAGGGAGGAAGGAUGCGAAUAAUUCAGCUUUGAGGCGAGGGAGUUGUCAUGUUUGAAAGCGCUGAGGGCUGAGGAAAAGGGAGGAACUUCUUCUGCCUUGUGUGUGUCCGCAAAAAGACGGGUGUCUCAUGUCCAAGGAGACCGUCUUUCCUCCGGAUGGGCCGGCAGGGCCAGGGAAGGGCCCUCAGCAAGAGACAAGUCCCCUGCUGUCAGCCUCACAAGAUGCUUGUGACAGUGAAUCAUCAGGACGACGACCAUCUCCCAGGAAACCAGCCUCUGAAGGACAAAGUCACGUGACCGAGGAGAAGCCUAAUUAUUGCGAGCCUGUAAGAACUCAACCUCAGUCGGAUUCUCAACCAGCGCCCUCUGAACGAGCCGAGGGAGACGCUGGCAAGGACCAAAACGGCUUUCGCCACAACAGCACUGGCACGCCCACGCUGAGUAACGGCAACGGAAUCCACCCUGGCAUCGGUGGGGCUGGGGCCACGCGCACAUGCUCCUGUGGUGCCAGCAUAGGCGCGGGCGCCACGGGCGGGUCAGGCCCUGGCACAAGAUCAGUGGCGACGACGACAACAGAGCAGCCACGGAAGCAGUCAUCCAUGCCUGUGUCGCAGAGGAUGCAGAGGAAGUUGAGGUCCAGCUUGUCGGUCAACAGCGACAGCAGCAGACGCAGCAAAGGCAGUUCUACGGGUUCACAGAAAGCUCCUUUACCAGAGGACUGCUGCGUCCACUGCAUCUUGGCCUGCCUUUUCUGCGAGUUCCUGACACUCUGCAACAUGGUGGUGGCGCAGGCCUCGUGCGGCGCGUGCACGUCAGAGGCUUGCUGCUGCUGUUGCUGCACCGACGACCUGGGCGACGACUGCAGCUCUCCCUGUGACAUGGACUGUGGCAUCAUGGAUGCCUGCUGCGAGUCCUCGGAUUGCCUGGAAAUCUGUAUGGAAUGCUGCGGCAUCUGCUUCCCCACAUAGGGAGGCCUGCGCUGGUGCAGACCAGGGUUCCUCUGUAAGGGGGAUAACUGGACCCUGGAUGGAAGAAUGGAAGGAAAUUGCUGCUGCUGUCACUUUGAACUCAGCAACAGACAGAGGGACUGUGUGAUUGUGUGUGUGUGUUUGUGUUUGUCUGUCUGUGAUGACUGUUGAGUGAUUGUAUAGUUGGGUAAAGCAUGCUUUGAAAGACUUAUUUUGACACUGGGCUUCUCCAUCAAAACCAGCUCAGCAGGGGCUAAAAGUAACUCCAGAUAUAUGAACAAGUUAGUUAAAUCUUCGAUGUGUAGUAAGUUGUUUUCUGUUAUGUAUUAUCUCCUUUUACAUAAGAAGUAUUAUCACAGACUGCCUUAAAGAUUUUAUUGUUACAUCAGGAAUGCUGUUUAAUUGUAUCUUUCCUCUUUGUAGUCAUUCACAUGACUGACGUGUUGUAGACAAAAUGAUGACAUUCAGUACUCUGUUUUUCUUUGGGGAUGCACGAUAUCACUGUCAGCCCCAUAAUGGGAACUUUAAGUAAUUGGCUAUUAAUCAUACUGAGAUGAUAUCCGAUAAUAGGAAGCCCAAAUCUUCUUUUUUUAAUUAACCAAAAUGUGCAGUCUCUACACACUACAAUCGUUGGCGUAUGUAAGUUUAAAGUUGGUGACAGUCUGCCAAAAAACAACAAAAACAACUAUUGUAGCACGCUUUUCUCAAUAGCUAGUGUUGUUUGAAGUACCCAGAAGUCAUACUUGAGUAAAUGUAAAGAUACAGUGUUAAAAUAUUACUUAAGUAAAAGGGAAAGUCACUCAUACGAAAAGUACUUGAGUGAAAGUCCUAAAGUAUCUGAUAUUAAAUGCAAAUCACAUAAAAUUAUCAGUUGUACAAGUAAAAAUGAAUUAUACACAUAUUUACAUGUAUGUAUAUUAUGGGUUGAUCGAUUAUCGGCCUGGUCAGUUAUCAGAUUCAAUAUUGGAGCACUUUUCCGAUUUUUGGAAUUGGUGUUAUAUUUUUUAUGUGAGUCAAAAAAGCAAGUUAAUCUAAACUUACAUUUAUUUGGCUCUGCUGCAGCAUGUUAUCUGAAAAUUAACUAGUAACUAAUGUUAUUGAAUUAAUGGUGUGAGAAAAAAGUGCAAUAUUUGCCUCUAAAAUGUAGUGGAGUGGAAGUAUGAAAUAGCAGAAAAUGGAAAUACUCAAGUAAAGUACAAGUACCCCAAAAUUGUCUGCAAGUACAGUACUUAAGUCAAUAAAUGUGACAGUUUUUACAACAUGAUUGUAAUUUGUUAUACACAUUCCAUAAGUGUUCAGAGAGGAGGGAAAAAAUCUGAGCUUUACCACAACAAAUCUGAUAUUUAAUCCUCUUUACUGACUACAUCCUAGCCUUCAUUACCCUCAGGUUUUGCAUAAACUACAGGUUAGUUUUUUAUAAAAUACAAAAAUGUGAAAUUAUCAGAUUUCGGUAUCGGAGAGGCAGGUAAU